UUCCCUUCAUUCAAAACCAAAUGGCAAAGAAACAGGAGAACCACAAUUUUAAAUCAAAAUCAACACCGACUUGCCUCCAAAGGUAAACAAGUUUCUGAGAGAAAAGAUGUACUUGCCAUUGGCGAAAAAUACCAAAGUGAAAAUCGCUGCUCUUGGUUCCCUGGAUCAGUUAAGGUUUAAUUUCACCAUUCUUAAUCACAGCUGCACCGUUGACCAGGACUUCACCUAUAUAAUGACAGAUUUCAAGCUAACACAUUUGUUUAAGCUGUGGGGAAGACUGUACAUAAGAGGCAACCCUAAGACGAAUUGGGAACAAACUUACAAGAAAUGUAAACUCUGCUGCAACACCAAAGCUGUCAAUUUGAUGAAGGUAAAUGGUGUUGUGAGGAAUUGGCUGCCAGGUACAACUGUGAAAGGGAAGAAAAAUCCCAGCCUGCUCAUGUUCAUGUACCUUGAGUUUGGCAACAAAACAAAAGAAUUGGGGUUAGAUUACCCGUUCAAGUUUUAGACGAAGAACGAAUUUGGCGAAGUGUAUGGGUUAAAUUAACCGUUUAAGUUUUAGACGAAGAACUAAUUUGGCGAAGUUAAUCGUCACAGAACGAUUUUUUGUUGUUUGUAAUUGUUCGAUUUAAUUAAUAUUGAAUUUACCGAUUUAUUAUUAUUUUCACACCUGUAUUAUAUGUACGUAAUAAGAGUGUCGUGCUACAGAAACAUUGAAUAGCAAAUGCGAUUUUACGAGAGGGCGAACCUGCAGAUUUUUCCACUGGCUAACGACUACUCCUUAUAAUAAUAGCCGUCGUCUGUCUGUUUGUCUGUGUGUUACGGAAACACGAAAUGCGAUAUAUAACUGAUGUACGACCCCGUUUCGUGCGAUGUGCAACACAAAAUAGCGUGUAAUUUAAAGACGGGCGACCCCAAGGAGUUUCCACGGGUUAACGAAGUCUUUAUUGUAAUAGCCGUAUUCUCUCUAUUUGUGC